CCCCGGCUGGCCACGCCCCCCCGCGGCCGCACUGCCCGGGGCGCGGGGUCGGUGCGGGGCCGCUCCGGGGCCGCCGCUUCGUCCCCUUCCUCCUCCUCCGCCUGCCGCCGCCAUGGGCUCGGUGCAGCAGCGCCUGCAGCGCUUCCUCGACCGCCCCGGGCCGCUCGGCGACCUGCUGGGCCGGCUGGAAGCCCGUACCGGCGUCCAACGGCUCUACCUGGCCUCAGGUUCCGUGGCCUUCCUGGGGCUGUACCUCAUGUUCGGCUACGGCGCCUCAUUGCUCUGCAACCUCAUCGGCUUCGCCUACCCCGCCUACGUCUCCAUCAAGGCCAUCGAGAGCAGCAGCAAGGAGGAUGACACCAUGUGGCUCACGUACUGGGUGGUGUACGGCGUCUUCUGCAUCGCCGAGUCCUUCUCCGACCUCUUCCUCUACUGGUUCCCCUUCUACUACGCUGGGAAGUGCCUGUUCCUGGUGUGGUGCAUGGCCCCCGUGCCCUGGAACGGCUCACAGGUGCUCUACCACAGCAUCAUCCGGCCCUGCUUCCUCAAGCACCACGAGGCCGUGGACAACGUGAUCAGUGACAUCAGCACCAAGGCCCUGGACGCGGCUUCCACCGUCACCCGAGAAGGAACCAGAGCAUCCCUGAGCCUGGCAGAGGAAUUGAACAAGAUGAAGUGAGAGGGGCAUCAGCACCCCCGGUACCGGCACUACGGCCCCGGUACUGGGACCGGCACCGGCACUCCCGGUACCGGCACCGGCAUCCCCAGUACCGUCACCACGGCCCCAGUACCAUCACCACGCUCCUGGUACUGGCACCGUCAUCCCCUGUACUGGCACCACAGACCCCGGUACCGGUACUACGGCCCCGGUACCGGCACCAGUGACUCCGGUACCGGCACCCCGAGCCUGGAUCGUCCUCAGCCGGGAUCCUGGAUCUGUCCAAGCCAAGCCUGUCCCGCCCUCCCUAUCCCCAAUAAAGCCUCGGUGCCCUCGA